UUUGCCUCCGUUUCCUAUCACCGAUUUCUCUCUUUCUUUCUCCGCUUAUCGAAUCUGCAUCUGAAACCCUCAAUCUUCCUACUCCUUUCGCGGCUCCGUUGCCUAUUCUCCCGCCGGCGAGAAUGGGGAAGCAAACCAAAGCUAGAAAAUCCGAGAAUGUUAGCAAAGGGAAAGUAACCCCUGUUCAGGUCGCCUUCAUUGUGGAUCGGUAUCUCUCCGACAACAAUUACUCAGAAACCCGCUCUGUUUUUAGAGUCGAGGCUUCAUCACUUAUUGCGAAAUCUCCGAUUCAAGAGGCUCCGAAGAGCUUACUGACCUUAGGGGCUAUGUUGAAUGAGUAUAUCUGUUUGAAAGAGCAAAAGGUAAUUCUGGACCAGGAAAGAGUUCAUUUGGAGCAAGAGAAGGUUCGCGUUCAGACUCUUCUACAGGGUAUGCAAAAUGUCAUGAGUACUUAUAAUGCCAGCGGAAGGUCCCCAAUGCCUUCGAUUUCAGCUGCUCCAGUUAAAGUGGCUGCUGUUGCUCAAUCUGAUCCAUCCGAAUCUCCUGCAGGUUGCCCCAUGAACAUUACACAACCUGUUCAUCCAGAAAUCACACCUCCAAACACAAAUGGGGGGCCUCAAAGUUUCUCUACACCCGUAAUUAAUGACUUGGAAGCAAAUAAGAGAAAGAGCUCCAAGACUUCAAUUAGUGCUCCUCCGGCUGCUAAGAGAUCUCGAAAUAAAUCAUCUUCCAGGAAGCCAGCAAGCAAAGAUACGGAUGCACUUUCCCAAUCUGCGGAAGUUGGCAAUGUUCAAUCAACGGUUCAGCAUUCUAAUGAAAUUCAGUCAUCGUCUCCUAGUUGCCCGCCCAAUGAGUCUGUGGUUCAAGGAUCGAGUGUUGUUAAAUGUUUGUUCAACCAGCCAUCAUUCUCUAUUCCAACUAACUCUUCUGGUCCAAAAACUCCCCCACGUGCGAAUUCCUGUCAAAGUGACAAGUCUACAUCUCCACAUGAGAUUUCUUCAGCUGCUGAUUGCAGUAACAACAAUACUCCGCAAGACGUUAGUCCGACUUGCUGUACUGUAAUUUCAUCAAAAAGAGUGACAAUCAGUCCUUACAAGCAAGUUGCAUACUAUUCUGUGGAGAGGAACCAUAGCAUUUUAUCUCCUUCCCCCGUCAAGACAAACGCUAAAAGGCAGGGUAAGAGGGAUCACGUGAAAGGGCGGUUAGAUUUUGAUGUUUCAGACGUGCCCAUGAGCUCAGAUAAAGGGAUUGACAACGAAAUUUAUUUAUCCGAAUCUGAAAAGCAAUUGGAUAUCUUUGACAUCGAUUUGCCCUCUCUAGAUGUUUUUGGAGAAGAUUUCUCUUUCACUGAAAUGUUGGCUGAUUUGGAUAUGGACUGUGAAGUAAUUGGUUGUUCAUCCGUCCCAACCUUGGGCGUUUCUACAGACACUUUUUCUGGGUCAUCUCAUGAAUCAAUGGACUGUAACGUGGGGACUAAUCAGAUGAUGUCGGAAUUUUCAUCAACCGUGACACAAAUUUUGUCCGGAAAGGAGACAAAUACAGAAGGCGUAGAUUCUUUGACCGCAGUGAAGUCCAUGACAAAAUGCAUAAGAAUUUUAAGCCCAGCCAAAAAAUUGUAGUUCCCGGAUCUGUAAAUCAAACGAGUUCUGCUGCUGCUGCUAGAAAUUGACUGGAGAUGACUGAGGCUGACAAGAUGCUCUUAACUUAAGGAAAUAACCAUAUUUUCACUUCCAGAAAGUUGGUAUGGUAAGAUUAAAUUACCAUUCAUCUGUAGUAUUCAAGUCAAAUUUUCUGAAUUAGUACCACCACUAGGCACCUUUCCCCACCAAACCACCCCCCCUGCCCCUUUUGAUGCUGGAAAUAGUACUGAUGCAACCAUUUGUAUAUGCAAGAGUAAUUUUCUCAUGCUUACCUUUUAUGUUCUGAAACAUGAGAUGUAAAUUUCCAGAUGGAACCUCUUGGUGAAAUUCUAGUAAAUGCAGUACAUAUGUUAGGACAUCUCUUCUGUAUUUCUAUUUAUCACCAGACAAGAUAGCCAUGGAUUUGGGAAUUCCCCAUUGUAGAACAUAAACCCGUCUGUAAAGAUAGAUUAAUGGGUCAAAAACUAUUACAGCUCUAAAAUAACCCUUUUUGUCUGUAGAAUUAGAAAACAAUG